UUUGGAGGGUACCUUUCCCGCCAUCGAGCAUUUUUCUCAACGAGCAAAUCUAGGGCACAUUCUCUCCGCUCCUCACCACUUCCAUUCAAAGUGAGCUCCAAUUCACACUCUUUCUUUGCACAUAUUUUGGUUUUGAUCACUGUUCUUUCGCUUACUGCUUAUCGUUCGUUUAAUUCCAAAGAGGAGCCGAGAAAACGCUAGUGCGAUGUCUGGGAGAAAAGAAACUGUUCUGGAUUUGGCUAAGUUUGUGGACAAAGGCGUCCAAGUGAAGCUUACCGGUGGCAGACAAGUUACGGGGACGCUGAAAGGAUAUGAUCAAUUGCUAAAUCUUGUGCUGGAUGAAGCUAUAGAGUUUUUAAGAGAUCCUGACGAUCCAUUGAAGACAACAGACCAAACUAGACGUCUUGGCCUAAUUGUUUGCAGGGGAACUGCUGUAAUGCUCGUGUCUCCAGUUGAUGGUACAGACGAGAUCGCUAACCCCUUUAUCCAACCGGACGGUGCAUCGAUGUAAUUUUUGUUUACUCUAAUUUCCCUGUUCUGUAUCUGAAUAUCAAGUUCCGCCCUUUACUUUGUGAUUUCUCUUUCUUUCUCUCAAACAAUUAAGUUUCAACCCUUCUAUCUACGUGGAGCACUUAUCAUGUGAAGUAAAACGGUGAAAUUUUGUUAACUCUUCAGUCU